CAAUUGGACGUUGGGAAAGAACGCGUCGUCGCUGUUUGUUUUUCGUCGAAUCUCGUUAUUAGUGUUCUAUCAGAGCUCAAUUAUUUUGAUGAAUAUUUUGUUAACAUCGGGUAGGUCGAGUUCCACUUGUGUAUCAUCAAACAAACGUAGCUCCGUUAAAAAAGCCAAAGCAAAAUUGUGUGGUUUUCUUAAAAAUGAUGCGCAGUGACGUAGUACGGAAUUUCAAGUAACUAAAAAAUUCGAGGUUUCGACGCCAAUGCGCGUGGCUUGAAAUCGAGCAGUUUAGGAACACGAGCGAUUCGCGGCGUCUAUACGAUGCAACGUAUGUAUAUAAUGCAAAAAAAUAGUUAAUUAUAACCUCACGUGCCGCUUGAGUGUUGUUUCUGAGCUCAGUGCAAAUCAUUAGUUCAACGAGAAGAGUUUGGCUGUAGCUUGGCAUAAGAAAUAAGCUCCUCAGCUAGAAAUUGAAUACGGCCUUACAGAUAGUACAAUUGGGGCAAGGGAAAGUAAUCUGCGUCAAUGUUAUGGAGUCUACAAACGUUGAGAAUGCACAGAGGCCAGAGAGGUCCUCAAGAUCGAUGACAAGGACAGGAGGGCGUUCUAAUAAGAGUGCCUCGCGUCCAUCGCCAAAUCGUAAACAAUCACCGAGCAGGCGUUCUCCAGCAAGGAGAUCUCCUUCUAGAAAAUCGCCAGCACGACGGUCCCCGGGUCGGUCACCAUCAUCUCGAUCAAGGAAAUUAACAACACGCAAUGUGAGGAUAGCUCAGGUCUCGAUACCCCGAGCUGAGAUACCGCAAAGCAGAGAAACUGUUGACUCCAUAAAAAAUGCUGUUGAAGCAUCAAAAGAAACUGAUGAAGUUUCCGAACUCCUACCACUGCAAUCUCGUAUACGCGAAACUUCACAGGUUACCAGACGGUCCACUCGAAUUCUUUCGAAUAUGAAGAAAACUGAAAGUGAACAGAGAUUAAUUUCCCUGACAAGGAGCGUUGAUCGAGCAGUUUCUUUGCCUACCGAUCGACGAGCCAACAUGUACGAUUUUGUUGCCGAACAAAGGGAAAGAGGAUUAUCGAUGCAGAGAGACAGGGAUUUGUCAAAAAUCUUGCACUAUGAGGAAGAAGCACUUCCAGAUUCAUCGACGAUGACCGAGAAGAGUAAAAAAGAGAUUGAGUUUAUAAGUAAGCCCCAAGAAUGGGGUGGCUGGAUUGGAGCGUUGUGCCUUAUAUUUAUCUUACCGCUUACAAUUAUUUUGCCACAAGUCGCGUGUUUUAACGGCCAGUGUAGCAGCGCCCAAUUUCGCGUAUCAACCAGAUGGCAAACGUACCUCAAUUUACACGCCUUCGCGAUUUACCUUGGAUUCCUCAGUAUCAUCGCGCUCUUUUCGCUCAUACCGAUCGGUACUUUGGUCGAUGGGCAACAAAACAAGACUGGAAGAUUGCAAUAUCGGAUGAAUGGAAUACUCACUGCAUUUUUAACGAUAGCGAUUCUCGCUACUCUGGAAUAUAAAUCUUACAGAAUUGCCGAUUUCAUUCUCAAUUCCUGCCUGCAAUUAUCCAUCGCUGGUUGGUUCUUCGGAACUCUCAUCGCCACGGGUCUUUACAUUAAAGCUGGAAGAAUUCCCAUCGCUGCCCUCAAUUUACACGGCUCGACGAAUAACGUUGUUUACGAUUUCUGGCAAGGCAGAGAAGUCAACCCGAGAAUCGGUCCUCUUGACAUCAAACUCUUACUCAUGCGAGUCAGCGUUAUCGGAACGCUUAUCUUGAAUUCGGCCGUUAUCGCAAAGUCAAUAACCGAUGCGGAUUCUCUGGCUUUGAAGGACCUCAACUACACAAUCUUGACCGUUGCUUCACUGCAUAUUCUUUACUCUCUCGAUUAUUUGGUAUUUGAAUCUGCGAUGUUGACCUCGUUUGAAAUUCAGUAUGAAGGCACUGGAUACAUGAUUUGUGCUGGAAAUUUGGUGUACCCUUUCUUAGCCACUUUAGGAUCGAGAUAUUUGCUGUAUCAAAAAAUAAAUCAAUCGGUUUACGUGUUGGGAGCUCUCGUCGUUUGUUUCUUCGUGGGAUAUUUGAUUUAUAGAUUGAGUAACUCGCAGAAAAAUGAAUUUAGGACGAAUCCAUUUUCGCCAGCUCUCUCACACCUGGACACGAUUUCGACAUCGAGAGGGAAGAGGAUCAUCUGUUCGGGUCUUUGGGGCCACGUGAGACACCCGAAUUAUCUCGGCGACAUUAUAAUGCACUGGUCGUUGGCUUGUGGAGUUUUGACGAAAGAUUUUCUGCCGUAUUAUCCAGCACUUUUUUGUACAUUCUCAUUGAUGUAUCGAGCAAUAAGGGACGACACGCGUUGCAAAAAUCGGUACGGUUCAGCCUGGGAACAAUACUGCUUGCGGGUCAAAUCGGCCAUUAUAAAACGCGUAUUUUAGAAAAUUUUCGACGCUCGGUAAUAUCGCAAGAAAUUGAUACAAAGAACGAGACAUGAAAUAAAAUGACGAAUAUAAAUAUAAAGUGAUGAGAAAAUUCAAGAAUAUUUUCUCUUUAAAUUUCAUGCGAUUGUGCGAGCUCGCGAUUUAUUUAUGGAGAAAACUUAAAUGCUCAUGGACGAUUGAAAAUACAAUUACCGUGACGGAACAGUGUAAAAUUUUAACGAAAAUGUAUUAUUUUGACUAAUCGUCUCAUAAUUAUUCAUUCUAAGUCUCCAACACGCAAGCUCAAGGAACGAGAAAAAAAUAAUAUUUUAAAAAUAUAAACAAGGUACACCGUACCCUUGACGAUAGUUUUUUGUCAGAUCUAACGAUGUUAUUACCUGAAAGUUUAGGUAGAUUAUUAUCAGCGUUGUGAAAUGAUUAAAAAAAAAACUAUUCUAUUUUCUAGCUAGUUAGUCCUAAGACCCAUCUCAGUACAUUUAAAUUUAGCGAAAGAUACAAAUUUAAGUGGUUUUGUACUUUUUUACUAUAAAUUUAGAUAAUGAAUUAUUAUUGAUAUUUGCAAAUAAAUAGUUUUCGUAAUAA